CAUAGUUUCAUAUCUAGAAGAUCGGAUUCAUAAAAUGGUAGAAGUGUCGGACGCAAGUGAGCAUCAUCCUUUGUUUCUCCGAUGGAGUCAACGGAUUCCUUCAGCCGGAGUUUACCAAAUUUACUCACAUUGGCUGAGAGCAACUUCGGCGGAGAAAGAAAUAGCCGCGCUGAAAGAACAGCUCGCCGCAACGAAUGACAGCAAUUCCAAGACUGAGGGACACCAAUUGUCUCAGCCUCCGCAGGGAAGCGAUCAACAGCAGGUACACGAUGCCAGCAAUCCCAGAAGGACGCCGAACAGCAACCUCGAGCAGGAGCUGCAGGCCAAAGACAAAGAGAUCAAUCAGCUGGUUGAGGAGGUAUCUAGACUACAGCAGAGUCUGCAACGCCUUCAGGAGACAAGCGCGCAAGCAACGGCGCGGCUGGAGGAGGAACUUGAAGUACGCAGGCAACACAUCAGCAGACUGGAGAGCAAAUUAGAGCGGCAAAGGGAUUAUGACGACUUGAAGCGCGAGAUCAGCGUGCUGAGGUCAGUCGAUCUCUCGCAGAUACCAACCGGUGAACCUGGAAAGAGCUUAGAACAUCUUCUUAUGGAGCGCUUCAAGGCGCUUCAACAGGCCGAAAAUCUGAAACCCUCCAACACACCCGACGCACUCGGUGGAUUAUCGUCACCCCUGCAGCGCGCCUCGACCGCCUCGCCCCACGGGGUCGGAGGUGUGCCACCUACGUCCCAUGUGUCCUCCCAACAACCACCGCCACCUCCAACAGCAGUCUCCCUCCCCCCACGUUCCACCCCGACGCCCUCUUCGGCCACUUCGACGACUUCGAGCCUCCUCUUCCCGCCACCCCUCCAGAACGUCGAGACUUUUGGCUCGUUCCUCGGUGAAGAAAUCGUCGCCAAUUGGAGGCGGACAUUGGAAAGGUCUAUCAUAAGCCAGCAGCAGCAACAACAGCAACAGCAGGCAGCAGCAGCAGCAGCAACCGCAGCAGCCGCCGUCGCAAUCGUCUCAAUUAAGCCAAUUAACUCAACAGCAGCAACAAUUGCAACAAGCCCAACCGCACAUGGGUUUACACCCGCCAACAACGCAAGUAGUUUAAAUCAUCUUCCGUCACCGGGCACAGAUCCGUCAUCCACCUCGAACACACCGGCCAAGUCGAACACGCCGAUCGGCACGACACCCCUGGGCAAUCUAGAGGUGACAGAAAAGGCGCCGACGCCGGUAUCGGGACACGAGACGCCGGCACCGCCGACGCCAUCCUCCACAACCGCCUUAACAUCGCCGCCGAGCUUCCAGCCACCUACGUCAAUGGUGGAGACCAGCAAUCCUUCGGCUUCCAUCAACGGCGGCGGUCUGACGCCUGGCGUGCCGAGCGCACCGCCGCCGAAAAGCCCGGCCGAUCAGGAAUCAUGUCACAACAAUAACAAUAGCCAUCAUCUGGCGAACAAUAACAUCGGCGGCCUGAGCGUUCUCGACCAGCUGAAGAGUCCGUUUCGGUUCGACGAUCGAACGUAUCCCUUCCGAUUCGGCGACGAGUUCGGCGCCGCCGGUAUGGCCGGUCGACUUGGCGAAUCCCUCAUACCGAAGGGCGAUCCGAUGGAGGCGAGACUGCAGGAGAUGCUGCGUCAUAAUAUGGACAAAUACGCCUCGCAGAAUCUCGACACUCUUCACAUAGCCAGACGGGUGCGCGAGCUGCUGUCGAUACACAAUAUCGGUCAGAGACUGUUCGCCAAGUACGUUCUUGGGCUGAGCCAAGGCACGGUUAGCGAGUUGCUUAGCAAACCGAAGCCGUGGGAUAAGCUGACCGAGAAGGGCCGUGACAGUUAUCGGAAGAUGCACGGUUGGGCUUGCGACGAGAACGCCGUAUUGCUGCUCAAGUCUCUGAUCCCCAAGAAAGGCAAGGAGCAGGGAAUGCCAGCGUUCGCACGUGGACCACAGGAUGGUGGUCCGCCGGAAAUAAGUGACGAAAGAUUGGCGCAUAUACUCUCGGAGACGGGCCAUAUGCAAAUGCGGGGUGAGCACGAGGUGUCGAACGACGCCGACAGCAAGAGUCCGAGUAGAAUCGGUUGCCCGAGUCCGUUCAACAAAGACAGACUGGACAGCCAAAACAGGAGACUGAAGAAGUACGAAAACGACGACAUUCCCCAGGAGAAGGUAGUGAGGAUUUAUCAGGAGGAACUGGCCAAGCUGAUGGGCAGGAGGGUGGAGGAUCUCCGCCCGCGAGAGUUCCCUAGUGGCGCUCAAGGUGGUCUUCAAGGCAUCGAACGCACCCAGGAAGACAUCCGAAUGGCAUUGGAUGCCUAUCACCGUGAACUUCAAAAGUUGAAUGCCGCGCCGGGUCAGAAUUCUUCGAUGACCGGAUUGCCGGGACUGCCUGGACUUCCAGGCCUGCUGGCGUUGCAGCAACAAGCUCUUCAGCAACAUCAUUUGGCCGCGAACGGCGGCGGCGGUGUUCAGGACUUGAGUUUAGGCAAAGUGGAUCCGCGCAAUAAAAUGAUAAACGGCGUGUCGGAAGAGGAGAAAGAGAAGAUGGAGGAGGCGAUGAGACAUGCCGGAAGUGCGUUCUCUCUGGUGAGGCCGAAACAGGAAUCGACAGGGCCGCAGUCGACGCCCGGCGGUUCCAGCGCAAGUUCGCCGCUCGGCAAUUCCAUACUUCCUCCCGCGAUGACACCCAACGAGGAAUUUUCCGGCGCGGCGGCAGCCAGUCCUCUACAGAGGAUGGCCUCCAUCACGAACAGUCUGAUAAGUCAACCGUCCACGCCAACUCACCACUCGGCCAAUCAAAGGCCGCUGAAAGCCGUGCUUCCUCCGAUCACGCAGCAACAGUUCGAUCUUUACAAUAAUCUCAACACCGAAGACAUCGUCAAGAGGGUGAAAGAACAGCUGUCUCAGUAUUCAAUUUCACAACGGCUAUUCGGUGAAUCAGUAUUGGGUCUGUCUCAGGGAUCGGUAUCAGACCUCCUCGCUCGCCCUAAACCAUGGCAUAUGCUGACCCAGAAGGGUCGCGAGCCCUUCAUUCGAAUGAAGAUGUUCCUCGAGGAUGACAACGCGGUUCACAAACUGGUAGCCAGCCAGUACAAAAUCGCUCCGGAGAAGCUAAUGAGGACCGGCGGCUACGGCGGCCUGCCUCCGUGCGGAACACCCAUGAAACCUAUGCCGCCAACGAAACUCGUCCAAGAACAACUUCAAAAUGCGGCGAAAGCACAAGCCGCCGCCGCUCAAGCGGCCGCGCAAGCGGCAGCGCAACAGCAUCAGCAGGAGAAUCAGAUGCAACUCGGUCCGCCUCAACAAAGCCCUCAGCUUCCUCAGCAUCCACAGCCGCCGCCGCCGAUGAUGUUGACUCCGCCCGGACCCCAUCAUCCUCAUACUCAGCUCAGCAUGCAGGAACUGCAGAAGAAACAGCAGCAACAGCAACAGCAAAUGUCAUUGCACUCGCCGCAUCAUCAAAUGGCACCGUCGCCUCUUCGAAGUCUCCAUCCGCAUAUUUCACCGAGCGUGUACGAAAUGGCUGCGCUUACGCAGGAUCUCGACACACAGACAAUUACUACGAAGAUCAAGGAAGCGUUAUUGGCGAACAAUAUCGGCCAGAAGAUCUUCGGUGAAGCGGUUCUUGGCCUGUCGCAGGGUUCCGUCAGUGAAUUGCUGAGUAAACCGAAACCGUGGCAUAUGCUAAGCAUAAAAGGCCGCGAGCCAUUCAUCAGGAUGCAGCUUUGGCUGUCAGACGCGCACAACGUCGAUCGAUUGCAGGCGUUGAAGAACGAGCGACGGGAGGCGAACAAGAGACGACGCAGCAGCGGUCCCGGUCACGACAACAGUUCCGACACAUCAAGCAACGACACUGCCGAGUUUUAUCACGCGGCAUCGCCCGGUCCGGGACCCACCACCGGAAAGAAGCAGCGCGUUCUCUUUUCGGAGGAGCAGAAAGAAGCUCUUAGACUCGCUUUCGCCCUGGAUCCGUAUCCCAACGUAGCCACCAUCGAGUUCCUCGCUGGUGAACUCGCCCUAUCCUCAAGAACGAUAACGAACUGGUUUCACAAUCAUCGAAUGAGACUGAAGCAACAGACGCCGCAUGGCCAACCGGAACCGCAAUCGCCGCGAGAACCCGGCCAGCCGUUUGAUCCUGUCCAAUUCAGAUUACUAUUGAACCAAAGACUGCUGGAAAUCCAAAAGGAGAGACUGGGUCUAGGAAACGUACCCUUACCUUACUCUCCGUACUUUAAUCCCAACUUGGCGGCCCUCGUAGGUAAUGCGCUGAAAGAACAAUGCUCCGGUCUCGAUCUCUCGAUGAACUCCCUGAAGAGAGAGCCAAAUCAAGAAUUCGAGGAUGAGGAUGUCGAGGACGCGAUGAGUAAUCUCGGUAGCGAGGACUCGGAGGGCUCGGCCGGUAGUAUAAAGAGAGAACCGACAGAAACGCCGUCGGCACCCGCGACGGUCAGGUCUAAUAGAAGAAAACCCGCGGCACCGCAAUGGGUGAAUCCGGAAUGGCAAGAACCGGCGAGAGCGGGCGACGAGGUGAUUAUCAACGGCGUCUGCGUGAUGCAGACGGAUGAUUACGGCGUGAAGAGAGAGGCCGAAGAGACUAUAAGAGUCGAGCCGACUCCGGUGCAGGAUCGAUAUGAAGAGGACGCUCAAAGUGACGUCUCAUCCGUAUCCGGCAAUAACGGCGCCGAUCGGGAUAGUCCGCUACCCAGUCCAAAGUCCGGUCAGAAUAGUCCAGCGACGUCGCUCAGACCGCCGUCGGCGCAACAGACGCAACAGUCUACGGAAGAAAGUCCGAAGGACGUAGUGAAGCACGAGCCGGAGGAAACGUGGGACUACUAGGACAAUUCGGAAUUCCGUAGGAUUACUCGCGAGCUCAGUGUUUCUCCUUCGGAUUAUGUGGAAAGAACGCAAGCGAGAUUUCCAACAUGUCCCCAGGGUCGCAUUGUUGAGAUAUGCCAAAACGACGCUUUGUAAGAAAAGACGUUCCACGAGGAUCACCGGUCGUAGUUAAGUUUUAAACGAAGAAAACCAGUUAUAGGACUCGAUCGUGCGAGUCCUGCCUACCACGAGGGCAUUAUCAUAGAGAGGCAAACGCGAAGUACUAAGGACGUUCUUGGACGAGGAAAAAAAAAAAAAAAAACCAGAGGAUGUCUUGGUCGACGGACGAGCGCUAGGCGAGAGCUAAACGAACAAAACGAUCAAAACUGAAACGGAGCUCAAUCAAAAGGACUCACAUUGUGACGUUUUCUACGCGGCAAGUGGUACGAGAUUAGUGUCGGUGCGCGCGGAUCAACGGCAAAAUCGUAUCAUUUAGAAGACUGUGAAGUACAACGGGGCCGACUGUGAGACGACGGGUUCUCGUUGCAAUUCGCUCGAAAUUCAAGAGAAUCCUGGCUGCUUUCGUUUUCGGAUGACAUCUCCCUUCGGUGAUGGAUGAUGGGGUGAUGGGGUAUCGUUCCAGAGAGAGAGGAAGGGAGACGAGUGGACUAGAUAAAUGCACGGAAAACGGAGGCGGUUCGGAUUCGCCACAGUGCAAUCUCCCAGUAAACUAAUUGUUAGAUCGAAUUAUUAUUAAUUUUUAACGAAAAUUGCGCGCGACGAAAUGGCCGAUUAAUAAUUAUUGCAUAAUUGUGAUUCAUGUUAUUGUUUAUACUUGCCUCCCUAUCCCCGAUAGUGAUUAAGCUGUUAAUGUUACAUACUUCUCUCUCUCCAGUUGCGUACCUUUUUAUCUCUUUCGGUUAAGAGUCGACGUUUCCUUUUCCUCCUUUUUUUCCUAUUUCUUGCUUAUCCGUCUAUUUAUAAAACUGCGAGGAAAAUGAUCACUUAAGACCGUUACCAAUGUUAUAUUAUCACUGCUAUUAUAAUUAUUAAUAUUAUUAAUAUUAUUAAUAUUAUUAUAUAAUUAUCAUUAUUAAAUAUUCUCAGUUGUCAAGCACUGUCAUCGAUGAUUACUAUUUUUACGUUGAUAUGUUGAACGGCGUGAAUGUAAAAUACCAAAAAAGAAAAGUAAAUUUAUUUGUUUUACGAGAUAAUUAUUUAAACUUCCUUUUUCUAUAUUUGUUGGGAACUAUUAGCUGCGCUAAAACAAUUGGUGAUGAAUGUUUUUGACGAUUAUUAUUUAAUAUUAUUUUUAUUAUUAUUAAAUAUUGUAUUAUUAGGUUUAUGUUAUUAUUGGUAUCAUUAUUAUUGUCAUUAUUAUAUCAGUAAUCAUUAUUUUAUUACUAUUAGAAUCAUUGUCACAACAACAAUGUGGCUUCUAAAGCCAAUGUGAUAGAGCUUAUAAUUGCGACGAUACGUAGAAGAAAAGAGCGUGCGGGCGAAAGACGAACGGACACGCGGACUUCAUUGAACGAAGCAAGCGAGAGAUUGCGCGAGCCUAAAUUGGCGAAAGUGCGAUUUCUGGCGUAUGUAAAUAUCUGUACAAAGGAAAAGAGCGGAAGAAACUUCGUAAUACAAACACAAAAAACUACAUACUAUACAUAACACACACAUACACAUACACACACGACAUAUACAUGAUCUUGUAUAUUUACUUAUUUACCACACUUAACUAUCUAAUAGCAUACGAAUAUAUCCACGCAGACUAACAGCGAUACAUAUUUGAGCGACUGCACGUUGAAUUUUCAUUUGUCGCAAUCAGCGUUGCACGUCUUCUGAAUAAGCUCGCGUAAUCAGCUGCGAGCGAUGAGAUAAAAAAAAAGAAAAGAAAAUUGAAGUCACCGGUUUGCUUGUUGCGAUCCGUGAAAAUGCAGCGUUCGCGCUAUUAUAAACGGCGUCAAGAGAGAACACAUAUAUAAUUAUGAGAAUUUGCCGUAAAUUAUUGAUGCCUAGAAGAGAAAAAUGUGCAGAAGACACUUCGAGGCGAUUCACAGCGAGACAUUACGAGCGAAAGGACGAGCGAAUGGGAGAACGCGUGCGUGCAUGAUCAACUUCAUAAGAGAGAGAGAAAGAGAGACAGUCCUCGAAUUAUUACGAAUCAAACUAGUAUUUACCAGAAUAAAUUUUAAUCUUCAAUUAAAUUCUAGUCCGCAGUUAAAAAUAAAAAAAAGAAGAAAGAUAACAGACGCGAAUGAUAUUGUAUGAGGCAAAGAGAUAGGAGGAGUUCGUGCGAGACGAUCGCUUCAGAAGGGCAUUGCUAAACAAAAGACCAGUGAUCAAUCGAUUCUUUUUCCCCGCCUUCCACCUCCUCUUAACCCCCCCGAUUCUUUUUUUUAAGUUUUUCACGAAUCGUCACGGAACGACGGAAGUCGAUCGGAUCGGAAUAUCGAAUGUGUACAUAUUGCUAUAUUGGUGCGAUUACAACUCGUAACUUAAAUGACGCCUAUGAUUCCGCCUGUCGACGAGUGAUCUGAAUACUCAUCGAGUAGUCUAUAAUAGUCGACGAGAAUAUGAACAAUCGCGACAGACGAGAUCACGGCAAACAUCUCCGUACUUCGUCGAUAUCGGAUGAUGUAUCGAUGGGAUUGCGACGGAAAAAAAAGCUCUGGACAAGUUACGGUGAAGCAGGGAGAAAGACGGAGAACAAACAUACGAUCUCAAAUCUUCGAUUACCAAACUAAAUUAUUUUUGAUCGAGUGUUAGUUUAAUAUUCAUCCUUUUCGAUUAUCUCACGAUUGAGUUAAUUAUACGACUGACGCCAAUCGCGAAUCCGUGGAUAAUCACCGAUUCUCAUCGACAUCGGAGAUCAAACGAGCGCUCGUUUUUUAAGAAUCUAUUACAGAUAGAACAAUAGCGACUCGUGUUGAUGAGAUAAUCAGAUUUUAAUCGCAAUCGGCGGCCAAAAUGCUGACGGAUAAACGAUUUAUUAUAUAUAUAUAAUAUAUUUAUAUGUAUAUAUAUAUAUAUAUAUAUAUAUAUAUAUAUAUAUAUAUAUAUGUAUAUAUAUAUAUACAUUCACAAUUAUGAUUGUUUCUCUGUUCUUCAUUUGCGGCGAACAAGCGUAAGCGCAUAGAUUCUUUGUAGAUACAGGAUAGCCGGUAGAUAGCCGAUAGCUUUAAUUAUUUAAACGGUACAACUUUUAUGUCGAGGGCAAAGAUCGACGACCGUCUAGGAUAUACGACGAACAUGUAAUAUAACGUAACGAUACACAAGUGCGUAAUUGCGUGCGAAUAUACGAGCUGUUAGCGUUAUCAACAACGGCGGGAAGGAGGGAAAUCAUAUCGUAAACCUAAUAAUGAAUAUUUUACAACAAAAGAUAAUUGUAGAUAGACAUUCAAAAGCUGUUGAGGCCCCCUGGACGAAGAAGUAAUGCGCGCGUGCACCGAAAUGCGCGCGCGCUGGCAUACGAUCAAAAAAAAAAGAAGAAUAAACGAACCACGAAGGACACUGUCAUCCAGUAGUGAAAAUAAUGUAUUUAAAAAAAA